UAUUAGAAGAAUCCGCUGACAUACAAAUAUUUACUGCUAAAGAUUCUACAUUCUGCUGAAUAUGUGCAUUUUACUAAAAAAAAAAACAUCUUCUCACCAAAACUAAUUUGUAGCGUUUAAGUCUCAUGGCUUCGCGUUUUCAGACUCCCCAAUCCCUCGCCAAUCGGUCAAUUUUUGCCACUUCGAAGUCGUUUGAUUCAAACGCCUGGCUUGAGAAAUUCCGGAAAGGAAACAGCAGUGUAAGAAGAGAACUUCGUGUUGCUGUGAUGCAAGGUACACUUCAAGCCUGCAAUGACUUUGAAUAUACUCUGCCUGGUGGUAGGAGAGUUAGUUUUGGCUCUUUUGAGAGCGUGUGCAAAGCAGCCACUCAAACAAAACCCUACCAUGAUGCGAGCGUGACAAGAGUGGAGAGUGGCAUCACCACGUCUAUACGGGUUGUCAAUGGGGACUGCUUGGAGGAAGCUUUAGAACUAAAGCGACAGGGCUUCAAACCUGCUGUUCUUAAUAUGGCCUCUCCAAAAAGACCAGGUGGUGGCUACCUAACUGGUGCAGGAGCACAAGAAGAAAAUCUGUUUCGCCGCACAAAUUAUGUGCAGCACCUAGCUGACCCAGACAAGAAGUUUGACCCCAAUCGAGACUGGCAUUUCAGGCUGCCCGAAUUCUCAUGUGUGUACUCAACAGAUGUCAUGGUUUUUCGUGCUUCAGAAGACAGGGGUUAUGCAUUUCUCCCUGAACCAGUGCCAAUGUCAUUUCUUGCAGUAGCUGCUUAUCCCAAUCCUCCUUGCAUAAAAGGCAGUCCUCGUCUCAUUCCAGAAUUUGUUGAGAAAUGUAAAAGAAAGAUCAGACUUCUGCUGGCUGUGGGGCUUCAGCAGCACCAUGAUAGCCUUGUGCUUUCGGCCUGGGGCUGUGGGGCAUUUAGGAACCCUCCCCAACACAUAGCUCAACUGUUCAAGGAGGUUCUGAAUGAAGAUGAGUUUCUCAAUCAAUACAAGCACAUUUCUUUUGCGAUUGUUGAUGAUGCAAAUGCUAUGAAAAAAGGAGGCAUUGGGAAUUACAAUCCCUUCCAUGAUGUGUUUGAAACUGGAAUAAUUGGAAAGCCUAUAUAAUUUGCAUAAAAUAAUUAUAAUGCUAGAGAUAAUGAUACUUGUAAUGAUAAUGAUAAUGAUGAAAAUAAAUAUAAUAAUAAUGAACCCCAAAAUUUUCUUUCUUUUUUCGGAGCCCCUCCUCAAUAUCUUCCCUCCCCCCCUCAGUGUAUUUAAUGGACACUCCCUAAGUGGUUUCCAUCUUUUUCAUCUUUAGUGUUUUGGAUCUUGGCAAGGACUCUGGCAGUAGUGAGAUGGGUGGAAGUGCUCACAGGCUUACCAUCCAAUUAGUUCAUUCCAUGUUGUGCAUGCUGCAAUGAAAAAAACAUGUAAAUAAUCGAUAAUUGUGUCUAUUAUUAAUAAAAGCUGGGGAUUUCAGAGUUUCAAUUCUA